UUCAACACUCAGAACCGUGUCAAAAUCUGCCAGCGUUACAGGAACCACUAUCACUUUGUAACCCUGUACCGGACCGAGCUGAGGAACCCGGUCUACUCGGCGUACAGGUAUCCCUGCACCAUGGGUGUUGAGGCAAAACAGAGACCCAGGCUAUGGUUUUAUGAGCCACAGAUUGAUGAUCCACAUGCCUCAGCCGAAAUGAGCAGCAGCAACGAUACCUCCAGUGAUCAUCAGGCAGUGGAUGCAGAUUACCAGGGUUCGGGGUACGAUCGAGGUCAUCUCUAUCCCUUUUCCUUUAAUAGGAAUGACAGUGCUACAGCCACCUGCACCCUCACCAAUGCAGUCCCACAGAAGCACAAAGCCAAUGUGAACUGGGCAAAGGAGGCAGAAUCUUUUGUCCUCAAGUUGGCAAAGAUAUGCCACAAAUCCGGCCGCUCGACCUACGCAGUGACGGGCUCAGCCAAUUCCACCACCAUCAAAAUGAAGAACAAGGUGAUGGUGCCUGAGGUAGUCUGGACUGCCCUUUGCUGCACCUCCUCACCGAGCCCGAAUAAUGACCCUUGUCUAAAUAACCACGUGUGGUCGGAGGGGCAGGACGUACCGAGAUACAAUAAAGACUUUUCCGCUGCUUUCAAGAAAAGGAUGGAGCCAGAAGAGCCGGCAGUCAGACUGACGGUGAGGGAGCUGCAGAAUGAGCUGAAAGUGGGCAAGAUCUUUGAGAGUUGUAGAGGAACGAGUGCAGAUGAUGAGGAGGAGACCUUCAAAGAUGUGACAUACCUGAUUGAAACGGAAAUGUCUAACUAGAACAGACUCAGUCAGAAAUGGUUGUCAGUCUCUGCAGUAAUGUGCUGUCACCGUUCAGUGAUAGGGCUGAAGUGAGUCUAUUGGUUGAGAUUUGCAAAUUUGCUACAAAUUCUCAUCGUCAUGAAGUUGUGACAUAAGGUGUGUGACUUUUAACAUUUUAUUUUAGCUUUUGAGUUUUGAACUAGUGGCAUGUGGGUUUUGGUCUGUAUUUAUGAAGGGGCUUAAUGAAUAACUUGUAAGCAUUUCUACGGCCACGACGGGUUAUUUUUUACAAAACAAUAGGAAGGAGAAAUUUCCUGCAGUGUAAGGUUUUGUUUUCAUUUAGUGAGUGUUAUCAGUGGACAAAUUAAACAGUUGUACACUUGGCGUCAGUUAGAAGGGGAUUUGGGAUUUGGAUUUUUUUUGGUUUAGGGACAUACUUAUAAUUUGGAAAGCAUUUUUUUCAGUUUGCGCAAGUCUCGGCUGAAGCUUGGUGUUUAGCUCAGUUACUCCUGAAGAAAGGAAAUAGAUUAGAAUUGCUAAGAAAUAGGUUCCCUCGGUGUAAAGAAUUCUGUUUGAAAGUUCCAGACCAGAAAUCUUUAGUUAGAACUCUGAAGAGAUUCUCUGGAGCAGAGAAAAUGUAAUCUCAAGUGUUUGAAUAAUCAUUGGCAAGGCGAUCAGAUUCUGAAGACUAGGAAUUGAUGCCAUUGUUAAGUUAAAUCCUAUAGAUACGAUAGAGAAGGGGAUUCUUUCUGGUAUGAGUACUGUAAAGGAGUGCAGUUGGGAUUAAUGAGAUUGCACUUCUACUGUGUGUUUUGAAAUCUUUAACCUUCUGUUAUAU